AUGUCAUUACAAGACAGACUCGCUUCACAGGACGCACUGUCCUUGUUGACCACCGCUACUUCCCUCGCCCUGGUCACUGCGGGCAGUACGACGGGGUUCGGAUACAACUUCCCUUUGAUGCUUUUCGGGAUAGUCGCGCAUGAGAUGCACAGUACAACCGUACCAUUCCGCCAAUUCCUAUCACUUGUCCUGUUCACAGGGAUAUUCGACCUGUAUUCACUCCUGUUCCACCGAUACUCUUUCUUCAUCCUAUUAUUCUCAAUCUUAUUGUUCCUCAUCAAGAUCCCGUUAUUCUUCAGCUGUUUAGCGCAACUCAGAGAAAGAGGUAGUGAUCUGUCGUUUGGAAGCUGGAGGAUGCCCCAGGGAGUGAACUUACCUGGAGGAGGCAAUUGGACAGUCCCUUCGAUGCCCGGCGGAUUCACCUCCGCACAGCCUCAGGGCCAACAACAACAGCAACAACAACCGGGCAAUUUCCCUUCCUCUGGUGGAUUCAGAUUAGGUGGUGACGACGAUGAUAAUGCCAAUAACGGUAAUCAACCACCGGUACCUCCUCCAGGCAGGAAUGGCUACUCUACCAUUGCUUAA